AAAAAAAAAAAAAAAAAAAGAUGACCUUAUCUCCUGUCUCACUAGAGAUGCAAUCCUUACAAGUCAAUAGAAAGAUACAGUAAGUUUAUACAAAACUAUAAAAAAGGAGGGAAUAUGACUGAUUCUUGGUAGAUAUAUUAACUGACAUAGAAGAACUCAAAUAUUACCCUUUAAACACACUGAAGGAGGGAAGAUUUAGGUUGGAUGUUAGGGGGAAGUUCUUUACUAGGAGAGUGGUUAGGCCCUGGAACGGGCUGCCCAGGGAGGUUGUGGAUGCCCCGUCCUUGGACGUGUUUAAGGCCAGGUUGGACGGGGUCCUGGGCAACCUGAUCUGAAUAUGUAUGUUUGGUGGCCCUGCUAGGCAGGGGGGUUGGAACUACAUGAUCCUUGGGGUCCCUUCCAACCCGGGUGAUUCUGUGAUUCUGUGAAGCUGACACACUGGCCCAAGUUCGAUGGACUGAGAAUUCACCAUCUGAGAACAUUGCCCACUGGUUGCAUCAGAAGCUACAGCAUGCAGGACAAAAGACAAUGUGGGCAGCUGCUAAAGCAUAGGGACUGCCAAUACAAUUAUCUGACAUCAUCCAGGAAUGCUGAGACUGCUACACUUGCUCUAAGAUGAGACCAAGAUCAUUGCCUGAAACAACAGCCCACCUUGCUAGAGGACACAAUCCUCUGCAGCGAUGGCUGUAGAGGUCGAUUACAUUGGGUCCCCUCCUCGGUCUGAGGGGGCGAGAUAUGCCCUGACCUGCAUCAAUACUGUAAGUGGGCUACUGCAGGCCUAUCUGAUGCCAAAAGCAAACCAGACAUAUAGCAUCAAGGCAAUUACUAAACUGAUGCCUGCCUACAGGACACCUCAAGUCAUCAAGAAUAACCAAGGGACCCAUUUUACUGGUGCAAUGAUACAAUGCUGUGCAGAAGAAAACAUCAAAUGGCGAUUCCACCUGCCAUAUAAUUCAACGUGGGCAGGCCUUAUUGAACAUUAUAAUGGUAUUCUCAAGGCUGUCCUGAAGACAGACUCUCAGUCCCUGCAGGGGUGGACAAAGAGACUCUGUGAAACCCUGUGGAACCUGAAGAAAAGACCUCAAGAUGGCAGACCCAGUGCCCUGAAAAUGCUACAGACAACAUGGGCCUCCUCACUUAGGAUCCAAAUUACAGGCAUUGAUAAUCAGGGAAGACCCCAGAUUGGUAAUGAAAAUAAUCUUCUUCUCUCUGCCCCUGAGAAUUUAGAUCCGGAUACCCAUAGAAUAAAAUGUCCUUGGAUGGUGCAGGUAGGACCUAAGUGGUGUGGCGUACUUGCACCUUGGGGGAGAUUGUUGGAGGUGGGAGGCUCAGUAGUCCCUCUGGUGAUAGGUACGUGGCCUAUGGAUAUUGCGGUCAACACUCCAAUCUUCAUUAUUCCUGUCAUGUCCAUAUGGUAGAUCAGGACAUCUUCUUUAGUCAGAUACAAUUAUGCAGCCACAGAUAUCUGGCCAAAAGGUAUGGUGCAGGUGGCUGGGGCAUGCCCCAGUACAAGCUGAAGUGUUGACCCAGGAUAGAAAUACGGCCUGUAUCUUGCCCUGGAGGGCAGAACUUCCCCUCCUGGUACCUAUGAAACAUCUGUACUACUCCCCCAGUCUUUUAGCCUCUAGGACUGCCGGAAGGAACAAAAUAUCCUCAAAGCAUUCCAGUGUGGCUGCCAGAU